AGAGCAUGACCAUUAAGGGGGACCCGAAUUCAAAUACCAGGGUGAACCGCACGGAGCACCUACGUAAACUGUCACCCUUCGCCCAGUCUUCAGUCUCAACCAUUCAUUUGCAGCUUCUUCCAUCUCACGAGUCAAGGACGUACGUUAUCAUCACGAAAAGCAGACAGAGUUGGUGAAAAACAACAUUCGGAAGGUGCUAUGCUUUGGAGAUCGAGACUAGAGUGGAGCUACACCAAGGCUGACAGUACCUGUGAAUCUCAAUGGUUGCCAGAGAACACUUCAUCCACUUGACUACGACCACUUGCAACCUCUACACCGGAUAUUAGUUCUAGAAAUUGAUAUCACUAUAUUUCCCCUGCAGACCAUAUUCAAUAAUGAGCUCGACCAUGGAUCCAUGCCAAGAUUGCCUUGCAGGAUGUCUGGCUAUAUAUUGCAUAGGCUGUGUACAGUCUUGCGCGACGUGGUCCUUAUUUCGACCAUGCGGUGCAGGUAGCGGAACUGCCAGUUCCGCUGGAUGCUGUGGGAGUUGCUGUAAGGAGUCGUUCGAUAAUGACGAGCUACAGGAUGAGCUGGAUAAAGAAAGGCAAGAAAGACUUGAACGAGAAGGUCUUUCCACUUCACAACCUGCUGCAAAGGAAGUCAUGAACCCCGCGCAGAAACGGUUGCCUGAGCAAGAGGCUCCAGCUGGUCCCGCGCAGAACUCCACAUCGCAAGAUGUGCCCCACUCGUAUUCAUGACUUAAUGAUCAGUAGUUCAAACCUACUAUACCAUGGACUUUGGAUACCCCAUACCGACAUAUGCUCU